GGCAACCCAGACAGACGAUGGGCAAGCUGGACGACAUAUUCAAGAAGAAAAAGGCCGUCAAAGCGGUGAGUGCAGGACAAACGCAAAACGACCCGCCGAACAUGGAUUGCGUCCAUGGAUCUUGCCUCCCUUGUGUUGUGGUGCUGACCAGACCAACUUGAGCCAACAGCUGCUGCCCGAGAACCAGCCUGCACCCAGUGCAUCCGAGGCCAAGGGAUCUGCGCCUGCGUCCGCGUCCGCGUCCGCGUCAGCAUCUGCAGGCGGCAACGGUGAUGGCGAGGACGGUGCACCCGUGUGGCACAAGGAGUUCCAGCACCUCAGCAGACACCUGCAGCAAAAAGGUGAAUACACAGACAGACAGACAGACAGACAGACAGACCGACAGACCGACCAGACAAAGCAGAUAGAUCCUCACAUCACUUGCCUGUGUGUGUUAUUCAUUUAAUUGCAGGUUUCUGGAUCAAGCCGGUGCAGGCGGACGGCAACUGCCUCUUCAGGGUAGGGAGGGAGGGCGAACCUCGAUGGAUGCACACGAACGUCACGUCAUUCACUCUGGUGCUGCAUGUAUUGAUCGCAUGAGUCAGUCGCGUGUGGUGAUCUGAUCUGUGUGUGUCUGCAGGUGUUUGGUGACCAGUUGCGGGGCGACCCGACGGCCCAUCCAGAGUUCAGGGAGGCAUGUGUGAGUGACGUGACCGACACGACAAACACACCCAAGACAGACAUAUGGGGAAGGGAGGGCGAGGGUUAUACAUAUGGGUGCAUCGCAUCGCAUCGGUGGGUGCGGUGCGGUGCGGUGCAGGUCAACUACAUGACGGAGCACAGGGGCGAGUUCGAGCCAUUCAUCGAGGUAAGAGCACAGAUACCGAUCAGAUCAGAUCACCUGUCGUGUCGCAUCAUCGUGAUGUUUGUGGUACGGCCGGUUCUCUCGCAGGACAACGAACCAUUCGAGAUAUACGCAGGCAGGUCAGCGCAACACAGCACAGCACAGCACACCACACCACACCACACCGCAGGCAGCAUCACACGACGAAUUCUGUGUGUCUGUCAUUGUUCAGGAUGCGUCUGGACAGCGUGUGGGCGGGCCAGCUUGAGGUGCAGGUCAUGAGCCUCAUGCACCGCGUCAACGUCGUCAUCCACCAGUGCAGCCUCCCGCCCAGCAGCAAUGCACUCGAGGCCGUCGCGGGCAAGGCCGCCAACCCCAACGCACCGCCAGAGUUCAGAGUGACCGAGGUUCGUGAGAGACCAAGAGAGGCGGGCGGUGGACACAUAUGAUUGGAUGUGUGUGUGGACUCGUGUGUGUGUGUGUGUGUCAGAUGGUCAACUUUCCCGAGAGCGAUCAGUGUGUGAUGCUGUCUUAUCACUCUGGGGUGGGCCACAAGGCACACACAGAUGCUAUCAGCGCAUACCACCUCUCCCUCCUCCCUCUGUGUGUGUCGUGUGCAGGAGCACUACAACUCAGUGCGGCUGAUGGACACCGACGAAGACCUACCCCCACCACCACCACCAGCAGCCCCAGCCCCACACCCAACAGACCAAGAGCGGCCGUCCGACGCACAAUCCCAACAGCAGCAGCAGAACGGCCUCCCCUCCCCCCAGUCAUCCCAAGGCCCCGAUGCGUCGACAAGCAGCAAGGACGAGCCGGCCACAGACACCACCUCCUCCAUGUCGAUGAAGAGCCUCUCGGCCGCCUUGCUGCCGGCGGCGAAGGCGCAAGACGACUCUGCUGCAUUGUCGUCGAGUGUGGGGUUGGGCAAGGCGCCUCCGACGGUGAGGAUGCACGGGAGCGUGACGGUGGUGCUGCCGAGCAAGGUGCAUGACGUCAAGGGCAGGCCGCCGCCACUGGUGUCCAUCGAAGAUGUCAGGUCAGCAGGGGGCGGCCGUGUUGAUGAUGUGCGUUGUGUUGCGGUGUGUCAUUCAUGUGUUGUGUGUGAUUGCCAUCCAUGCUUGGUGCUCUCUGUGCAGGUUGAAACUCAGUGAGGCUGAGUCGGGUUGAUGAGAGAGACAUGACAUGUGUCGACAAGGAGGGCGGGGAAGGCGUGACUGAUCGAUGA